AUGAUUAUCGAAAUGGUGGUGGUGGUGGGCGAGGUGGCGGUCAUGAGAGUGGGGUGCCGAGGCCAUAUGGCGGUCGUGGCGGUCGUGGACGGGGAAGAAACAACGAUAGGCAGGAUUCUGGUUACGAUCGUCCCAAGUGGGACUCUGGUGGCCGUGGUGGUGGCAACAACAACGAUACCAGUAGCUGGGGCAGCUUUGCAGGCAACAGAGCUCAAAACUCACCUACCAGAGAAUCAGGAGGCGGUGGUGGUGUUGGGUGGAGCUCUGGUGGUGGCGGUGGUGGAGGAAGCAGCAGCUGGGGCGGAGGAGGAAACAGUGCUCGUGACAGUUCCGGCUGGGGUGGGGCUACUGGUGGCGGUGGAGGUGAUGAUGGAAACUCAGGGUGGGCUAGUAGUUCGAGGGUGGGGUCAGCGCAGCCGCAAUCGGACAGUGGAUGGGGCAGCGGAGGCGGCAGCGGUUGGUGAAGAGACUGACAGGAGGCAAAAUAUGGUCGGCGGUUUCUAG